UUGGUGGGCAAAGGUAAGGGUAAAGUUGCGUGACCGCGUGUCGACCUGCGGCACAGGGCUGCUCCGUCACACGAGACUCCAACGUGGACGUAGAUAGUGGAAGAUAACGGCCAAAAUGUACACCUUCUUGGAGUAUCUCAAAAGCCCGGAGCUGGUCGUGAAGGUCCAGGAAUACUUUGGAAUCGUUUACGAACGGAACCACGCGAAGGAACCUUUGACGAACGGGAAGUCAGCGACACCGACUCGAAACGGCGUGCAAAGCAAUGGAUUGGCGAAUGGGUGCGCCACCGUGAAUCAUGGUGGUGACAAGAAAAAGAUCAAUGAUAAUGCUUAUCGUGUGACUAACUAUUUUUGGUAUGUGCUGUUCAUCGUCGGCACCGAGCUGGGCGAUGAGAUCUUCUACGCCACGUUUAUCCCUUUCUGGUUUUGGAAUGUCGACAGUGCCGUCGGGCGGCGGGUGGUUAUGCUUUGGUCCGCGAUUAUGUAUGUUGGGCAAAGCCUUAAGGACAUUAUACGAUGGCCACGACCAGUGUAUCCUGUGGCUAGGUUGCAGAAAAAGUGGGGCCUGGAAUAUGGUAUGCCCUCGACGCACGCGAUGGUCUCGGUAGCGAUUCCGUUUUCCGUGCUGAUCUAUACCCACAAUCGGUACAUCUACUCCUUGCCCAUCGGACUGGCGAUAGCGGUAGUUUGGUGUGCGGUGAUUUGCGUAAGCCGAGUGUACCUUGGAAUGCACAGCGUAUUGGACAUUAUUGCAGGAUUAUUGCUGGUGAUUUUAUUGAUGAUUCCUUUGAUUCCGUUAGUCGAUCGGCUGGAUAUCAUAGUCGUCACAUCCCGAUGGUCGCCACUGUUCGUGCUGUCCAUAUCGAUCCUGCUGAUUGUGUUUUAUCCGGAUUCGGGUAAAUGGACCCCAACCAGAGGCGACACAGCGCUGACGGUGAGCGUUUGUGCCGGCAUCGAAUUGGGUGCAUGGUUGCACUAUCAUUUGGGCGAGUUCCAGCAACCGAUUCAACCACCACCGUACGAAGUCAUCUGGCCGUCGUACUCGAUGCUCGGGUUGUUACUGCUGCGCACCGUCCUUGGUCUGUGUUGUAUCGUGGCUUCGCGUGCUUUCGCCAAAUCGAUUUCCUAUGCGUUCGUGUGCUUUCUGCUCGGACGAGACAAGAACGAGUUGCGCCAAUCGGAGAACACACUCGAGAACAAGAACAAAAUCAUCGUCGAACUGUCGUACAAACUGUUCACCUACGGUGUGAUCGGCUUCAACACGCAGUACCUGCUACCCAGUGUAUUCAAGCUGCUCAAUAUCGGGCGGCCGGAUUUCUACACGGAAAUCUAAUUACGCAAGAAAGAGCU